GAGACAUUCGAAAGGGCAAUGUGUUCGUCUAUUCCUCCGCUGUCGUGCGCAGCGGUCAGAGAAUGUGGAGUUUAGCAGCGCUGGUGGGAGGAAGAAGGCGCAAUUAGUGAGUGCGACGAAGACCGAGGAUAGCCGAGUGAGCUCGCGGGAGCGACAAGGAUGGGCAGAGUGUUGAGAUGGAGACAGAUGACGUAAGUCAAACAAAGAUGUCGUAUCGCAGGUCACAGUAGAGGGAAGCAGAGACGUUUUGAUGGUACACGCAUCGAGGAGGGGAGGCGAAAGAGACGGAGCGUAAGCGAACGAAAGAGGCAGGGCGAGAGAGACAGAGAAAGAGAGAGAGAGAGAGAGAAAGAGAGAGAGAGACAGAAAGAAAGAGAAACAGGGAACGAGAAAGAGGUAUUGUCUGACGUGCACACUGCAUGAACGUUCAGUAGCAUGUCUCAAACACUCGGUAUGCUUGUAGUUGAGGUAGUAAUAUCGUCGGGAACGAGAAAAUCAUCCGCGUGUACAACCGUGUGAAGACUGCCGCUGCACGUUUAGCCAGAGUGAAAUCGCGCGUAACAGCACAGGUAGUUUUCGGCCGGGACCGUCCAAGAAGUUUGUCGGAGUCGUUUCCUUCAUUCAAGACAGUUGGUCGCGCGUGUCGUCCUGGUUGAUGCAUCGAGAACAGUGGUGUCUGCACCUCUUCGCUUAGUGAUAAAUCACCGUUGAUCGCUGUGAAGUUGGUCGCGAGUGCGAGUAGUACGAAAGAGAGAGAAGAGAGAAAGGGAGAGGGAGAAAGAGAGAGAGAGAGAGAGAAAGAAAAAGAAAGAGAUACACGCUCUUCUCGCACUUGUCGUUAGGUUCAAACUCGGGCAGAGAAGCCGCCGAAAGGGUGGGAGGAGAGUUCUCGAGUUCCCACAUUCCUGCCUGGUUGGUUGCUUGCUUGCCUGUCUGCGUGUGAAAAACGUCAAGAUCCGCUGCUCGGCAUUAGCAUUAAAGCGCCGCGGCGGCUAGUGCAACGUGGAAAAGGGAACACGGUGAAACGUGCCUCGAUCGUCGUCGUCGUCGUCGUCGUCACUGCACGGAUAACCGGCGAUAGCGCACGUCGUUCGGUACGAAACGGGUCGCGGGCUAUCGCCACCGUUCUGCCUCCAUCGGCGCAGCCACACAGCCGCAGCCGCUGCCUUCGCCGCUGCCUUCGCCGCCGCUACCACCACCGCUGCCACCGCGCCGCGGCUGCCACGAGAGACAGGACGUCGUUGUAGCGCGAGCUCGGCGAGCGGAGGAGAUCGCGACGGAGCGACGUUCAACAGCGAUACCCAUCCAUGUCGGAAGGUGAGGUACCACCACGACGACGAGCUGUGCCAGCGAGUUAUCCUCGGGGACGAGGACGAAAGUAGUAAUAAAAAAGUGCACCACAGUGGACGAGGGAGAAUCACUGGAACGAAAGGAGCGCGCGAGAUCGUGUGGUAUAUCUCGUAAAAUCCGGAAUUCAGGAGAAAGGAAGAGAGGAGAAGAGAGAUAUGUAGAUAGAGAAAGGGGGAAGUAGAGAGAAAUUCGUGUGCGCGAGUGUCAAACGAAGGAAGAAGACGGAAAGGAGGAGAAGAAGAAGAGGAGGAGGAGAAGGGGUGCGUAAGGUGCUGGUUGUGAUGAUACGCGGAGUGCACCCGAUCGAUGCACCCGUGCGAGCGCAACACCACGACACUACCGCUGUCGCCACCGCCGUCACUGCCGCUGCUGCUCGCCGCCUCUGGCUGGCUGCUCCUCGACGCCCGGUUACGUUAACGGUGGAAUUCCGCUCGAGAGGAAUCUAAAGGCGGGGACUCUGACGUCACUCUGCUCAUGAUAAUGAGUUCUCACGUUGACCGAGACGAGACGCGCGUGUGUAUGCGGCCCGAGGAGCGUGCGCUCGCGCGCACAGAAAUGCACCCGUCGACCGCACGGAGAUAGAGAGAGAGGUUUUGGAUGGAUCUAGAGCGCAGUGAAAUAUGCCAAGAAGACGGAAUGGGGAGAUACCGCUUCCGGAAGGGUGGGACGUCGCCCAGGACUUUGACGGGAAGGUGUACUUCAUCGAUCACAAUACUCGGAAAACUACGUGGAUCGACCCUCGAGACAGGUUCACCAAGCCCCAGACGUUCGCGGAUUGUAUCGGGAACGAACUGCCACUCGGUUGGGAGGAGGCCUAUGAUAAACACGUGGGCGCCUACUACAUCAAUCAUGUCAAUCAGACGACGCAACUGGAGGACCCAAGGCAAGAAUGGCGAGCUAUUCAGGAGGCCAUGCUUCGAGAGUAUCUGCAGACCGCACAGGACGUACUGGAGGUGAGUUUAACAGUUACGAAGCGACGAAAUUUUAUCAUUUCGUAGCAAGGGACCGUUUAUUUCGAGUGUGUCGCGCUCGUGUUAGAGCAGAAAUUGCUCGUUAAUCGCGCGCCGUGUCGAUGAACUUCGCUCCACCGAGAUUAAAACAGACGGGAUGGAGGGAACUAGCGGAAUUUCAACGAGGGUCGACGAGGGCGGCAGGAAGUCGGUCCGUGAGAAAUCAUGUUACUUCCGGUCAUUCGGUGUACUCUCGUGUACGAGCACGAUGGUGUAGAUUAACACGCGAUUAACCGCGUUCUCCCCUCUGCAUUUAUCCUUCUAGGAUGCGUGUUAUGUGUACAUGUUGGCACACGUGCGCGUUUACAUACGCACGCGCACACACACGCACGCGCACA